AUUUUUAUUAACAUUACAGAAUGCAUUUGUAUAGUCAGGCUAUUGUGUAUACAUUUCUAUACGAAUUAAUAAAUACAUACAUAUAAAUAUAUGCAUUGUUAUGGACAUAUGUUGAUAAUUUAUUUCUAGCAAAAGUCAACCAUUCCUUAAAGAAAAUAUUACUUAUAUAAGUGCUUAGAAACGUAGCUGAUAUUAUUAGAAUUUAAAAUAAUAGAUACCAAUAACACAUUCAUAUUUUUUUAAUAGUGGUAGUAAUAAUUUUAUUGCAAGUUUUAACAAUUAUCGUACCCACUACCAGCUCUAAUCGAUAUUUUCUCAAUAAAAAUAGUACCGUGUUCCUAUUUUUAGGUUUCUAGGCGUAGUUGCAAAUUAUGUUUGAACUUUCUUGAAGAAUUCUGUUAUUCUCGAAAUAACUGGAAAUAACGCGAGAUAUACUUGCCUGACGCGUUCAAUGUUAUAUGUAAAAUAAGCUUUACGCGUGUCGUUCACAUACCAUUACUGAAUAAGUUUUACUGAUUUAUUAAAUAGCGUAGAGAACGUAAGUUACGAGUACUUAUUUAGAUCGCGAAAAGAUAAUCAGCGUGUAAUGCGAAUAUUUAUUCAUGAAAACCAGGAUAGAUAAGACUACGUAACAGAGAUGGGCGAAACCCUAGGUUUCGAAUAAAUCUGAAGUUCGCUGAUAUGUUUGUCUCGUUUCCUUCUUUGGAAAAUUUUCAAAAGAGGAAACGAGACAAACAUAUCGGCAAACUUCAGAUUUAUUCGAAGCCUAGUGUUGUGCCCAUCACUGCUACGUAAAUGCUGGAAUUGUGAAUAGACGGCUUGUCGUGUUUGAAGUUUGUGAAAGGAAAAGUACCGUUUGUUUACAAUUUUCGGAAAUUUGUCAAGCGUCGUCAAAUACGUGAAUCGCAAUGGAUAUUGACAUGGAAAGUGACGGCGAGUCUAGCGAAUCUAGCGAGAAUCAAGCUUUAGGAUGUCCAGAAGAAGCCUGUGCAGUAACUUUUGACUUGAAUAUACCACCAAUGCAUACUUAUUUAGGGUCGAAUUUUGAAGCACUUAGAGGAAGAACGCUGUUAGACGUUGGAGUUUGUAUGCACUUACCAUUGUUGGUGAAAGAAUCAGUUAUGCUAUUUCCUGGACAAACAUUGCCAAUGACAGUAAUCGAUAGACCAACCAAGGAUAUGUUAAUGACUUGCAUCAAUAACAAUCGUACCUUAGGUGUUGUGUGUUCAGGACAUGAUAAAAUGGCAUCAAUAGGCACGACUGCUGAAAUUUAUGAAUGUAUGUACAAAGAUCCCGCGCAAGGUUUUCAUUUGAAAGCAAAGGGUAGACAACGGUUCAAGAUUAUACGUGUCGCAAUAAAGGGCCAUGACAAAAUAGGAGCCACUGUUAGAAUUUUACCAGAAAUAACACUUGGACCACCAUUCUUGGAUGAACGUCUGGCCCCGUUAGAUCAUUUACGAAUACAUCCAACUACUGAGGAGGAUUUUAAAAAACAGGAAAAAGUAGAAAAUCUAGAUGCUGCUGUUACUCCUUGGCCUGCCUGGGUAUACAGACAGUAUGAUCCAUUGAGACUUUCUUUAAAAAUACGGCAACACCUACAGUUUAUUGAAGACAGAGGAAGUACUAUACCAGAAGAUCCCACAGAUUUGUCAUUUUGGGUUGCCCAAAAUGUAUUACUGGACGACAAUGAAAGAGUCGUUUUAUUAAAUGAUGAUUGUGCAAUUUCAAGGCUACAGAGAGAGAUUAAAUAUCUAGUAGAUGACAAGAUCUUUGUUUGCUGCGAAUGCAAUUCCUACAUUGGAAAGCGGUCGAACAUGUUUCCAAUGAGCAAGGAAGGUCCACAGGGCACUUAUUGCAAUCCUAAUGGAAUUAUACUUGAUACCGUGACCCUGUAUCACGCGCAAGGCCUCAAACUAAGUCGCAGUCCACCUACGACAGAAUAUACGUGGUUCCCAGGAUACGCUUGGACGAUAGCCUCGUGUAACAAUUGCGGUAUCCAAUUGGGAUGGAAGUUUACAGCGGUUGAACAGCAUUUGAAACCUAGGUCAUUCUGGGGCUUGACUCGUAAAAGUUUGAAAAGCAAAAAGAAGAAUGCAAAUUAAACGUUAUACAUUACACUGAACCCCGAGUUACAUUUUAUGCCGUUGUUGUUGCUAUUUAAUUCAACAAACCCACGUGUAUAUUUCCAACAUAGUACUUCAGCGUUGUAUCGCUGAACGAAAUUAUUUGUGCUGCCCAGUUUUUUUAAGCUUUCAGUAGAAGUAAAAUUCGUUUCUUCAACAGCGAAGACGAGUAUGAAACAGUAAAAAUGUACAGUAUACAAGUCUUGAAGUCUGCAUGUGUAUAAGAUUUAACGUUGAAUAUCCGUGUGAAGUAAAAUUGGUAUAAAGGAACUUUUACACGAUCUGAUCUCCAAUUACGGGAACUAUAUAUAUAGAAGUAUGAAUUAGACAAAUUAGAACACAUUCAAAAGAAAAGAAUGUAAAUUGUUAUUUUUUCAAGACGGUUUCUUCUACUUGCUAUGUUUCUAUGAGUGUCUAGGUAACGUGUAAUUCCAAAAUUUUUAUGGAACUAGUCAUGAUAGACAUUCACGUGAGAACUCGAUAAUAGUACUUGCUAAAUAGUAAUUCCAUAAACGAUUUUUACAGUUUUUUUUUUAAAUAUGUGAUAAGACAAUGGUAAAACCAUAACUGAUUACCGUUAAGUAAUAUUUAUAAUUUUGUUUGCAUUAUUUUUCAGGGAGUGCAGGUACAUUGUAGAAUAGGUUUAAAAACGUAUCAUCUAUCAUCAUUGUAUCGUACUUGAACAAUUACAUACAGGUUAUAAACGAAGAUAUAUAACACAUUACUGGAAUCAUAUUUUGUCAUUUGUACAACAGAAUUUAAUAAAUGUGAAUUUCACUUCGUGAAACGAG